UACACUCUCAGCGACCCAUGUUAUCAAGUUGAAAUAAUAAAGCCAACAGUUGUGUUAUUGUCUGGAAUACUUUAUAUAUGGACAUUUAAUGUAAUUGUUUAGUCAAACAUUUAAUCCUCAGGGCUGAAUUCUUAAGGAACUUUGAUGUCUAUCAAAUCAAUCUAAACUGAUUCGGAAAUAUCUUAGUUUAUUAGUUGCAGAACUUAGGCAGAUUUAUUUGAAGCACCUCAGCUACAGUGGAAAUGUGAACAGUCUCCUAUGUAUGUAAUGCAUUAGCAUAAUGAAUAUUUAUGUCUGUGUUAUGCCUCUAGGGUAUAAACACGGCUAAUUUAUUACGAUUAAAUGAGGAUACAAUUUAAAUAUAAUGCGUCCUUAUGUAUUGUAAUGUAAUAUGUAGAUAUAGUAGCCUAGGCGAUGAGGAAGCAUUAUCUGUGUACUGAAAAAAAAUAGCUUGUUUUAUUCACUACAAUGAAAUAUUUCCGUUUUGCCCGAUUGCCAUAAGUCAGUGAAUGCGGUUCAAGGAAGAGCGGAAAGGUUGGAUGUGAUUUGCCGGAGUCUCGCGCAGACAAGCCUGCCGUUAGCGGUGCACUGAACAUUUCACAGCCCUUCUAUGAUUAAUCGAAAGCGCGUAUUUGCAUGUGAACAUUAUUCAUUGUAUUGUCGGGGCAUGCUGAGAUUGUUUUGAUCGGAUGGAGCUGCUGGUGGUGCUGGGCUGCUGAUGCGGCCUGAGCGGAUACGUUGCUGCGAUGGCGAUGGGUAAAUGGCUGCUGUACGCCGGUCUCGCGCUUUCUCUGCUCGCUUUGUGCUUCCUCACGGUUGCUAUAUCCUCCGAUCACUGGUACGAAACGGACGCCAGGAGGUACAAAGAGCGCUGUCGGGUUUUAUCACGCCGUCGCACAGACCCGGGCUUCAUCUACAUCCCGAGCCACAGCCUCCCGCUGCGCGAGCCGCGGCCACUGAUGCUGCGCGAGCGGAGGGAACUGUUCGGCGCGAGCGCGGCAGACGAGUGCAAGCGCCGCUACAACUCCACCACCGUGGGGCUGUGGAGCAAAUGCUACCGACUCGGCUUCGACCGGAACAUCGAGGAGCUCAUUAAGAAAGGGACUAUUGAGAGGUGCUCCUACAUCAAGUACUACUACACUUCGUCGUCUCUGGUACAAAAGGAUAUCACCAAGACCAUUCAGCAGGACGACUGGCAUGCCUUGCACUUGCGCCGGAUGACAGCGGCCUUCAUGGGCAUGGCUCUGUCCAUCAUCCUGUUUGGCUGGACGAUAGGACUGCUGGGCUGCUGCUGGGAUCAGGGCCUCAUGCACUACGUGGCUGGCCUGCUUUUCCUCAUGGGAGGUACGUUUUGCAUCAUCGCCCUGUGUACGUGCGUGGCUGGCAUUAAUUUCGAACUUUCCCGCUACCCAAGCUACAUGUUCAGCCUCCCCGAUGACAUAAGCCAUGGUUACGGCUGGUCGAUGUUCAGCGCCUGGUGUGGUUUGGGUCUCACACUUAUUGCUGGUUUCUUCUGCACUCUGGCACCUUCCAUUCAACCUCCUCCACCACCUAGCCGUACUCCCUACCCCAAAUCCCGCAUGGAGAACGGCACGGUGUGCUAAACUACUAUGGAAAGAGCAGGAGAUGUGAAAGAAUACAUGCCUUAACUAUAAGUGACAUUCUGAACUUUUUAAAGGGAGUGAACACUCCACAUGUAAGCGUGGACAGUCUGCGUGUGGACCUUCUGCUACAAAAGCGGUUGUACAGACGUGAUCAGAAUAUCCUCGAUGGAGCAGUUCUUGUUCUGUUUCAGUGUGCAUUUUCUUGAUUUGAGAGGAGACUAACAUUUCACAAGACACAUACAUCAAAGUUAAAUAUUUGAACAUGUAUAUAUAUCCGAUGAAAAUAAUGUCACUAACAUUACAUGCUGUUGUGAUGUGCCUAUUAGAUAAUAAAAACUCUUAUUUUAAAGCAGUGUACAUCAUUUCUUUACUUUAUGAUGACUACAGAAAUAAAAGGGGGAAAAAACAUUAAAACA